UCAAUCCACAACAUUCAGUUCUAGUAACCAGAACAUUUGUUUGGUUAUAAAAAUUUUUAUCAAGUUAAUUGGAAGAAACAAAAAUGUUAUUUAAUAAAAAGAUAAUUGACAUAGAAAUGUUAUCAUUCAGACAAAUUUCAUUAAUGAAGAGGGAUUUUUACCCUUGAGUAAAAAUUAUUUAUAUGACAAGGUUACCGGAAAACGUAGGCGUCAAGUCGUUGAUCUAAUACUGAGUAAUAGUGACAACAUCUGUGAAUCGUUUGUUAAAUAUAAAAGUAUUUUUAAAUUGGUGUCAUUUAAAAAAAAAAAUCAUUUACUAAAAGUGUUCAUUGUUAUUUAACUAUGCAUUACAGUAACUACAAUAACUGAAAAUUGAUAAACGUUUAUGGGAGUUCAUAACCUUCAAUUGGAUAAGCAUGCAACAGUGUAAUUUCAAUGAUGCAAAUACUGGGACAACUGCAUCACAAUACAUGAAUGAUGUGAAUAAUUAUCAAAGUAUUCAUGAUAACAAUGAAGCUAAUUCUGUGGAGCAGAUUUAUUUAAUUAACGAGCAAAGGUGGCAAGGUAAAGCUGUGCUGCCAAUUUCCUUAUUGUCGGUCGCCGAGGGAAUGUCUGCUCGGUCUCAUCAUAGGAUUCGACAGUCCGGUUUGGGACUGGAUGAUGCUGCAAUGGACGUACAAACGCCUCAGCUUGGUACCCGCACUGGUCAAGAGAUUAGUUCGACUACUACGAUAUCAUGGACAGACUGGAAGAUUCCGUUCCCAGUGAUUGUCUGUGCUUUUGCUGGCGCUAUUCUUUUUACAUUUUUGUUACUCUUAUGGCUCCGUAAGCAAAUGUCGAGUGAAAAAAAGUCUGGUGGUGGAGACAGGCGAGAGUUGGUGGAGAAAGGAACAUCAGGAUCACCACCAUCAUCGUCAUUAUUGCCAUCAUCUUCAUCAACAUCUUCGGAAAAACCAGAAAAGAGUUCACAAAGUUGGCAAAUGGAACCACAAUGGGUACAUAAACCAUUUGUCAAGAUUCCUACUCCAUCACAGCCUACUUGUCGUUUGAGUGAAGCCAGCACUAGUACUAGUGGACCUUCUACGGUCAUACCUGUAGUGACAGAAAAACGUCCUGAGCCGAUUCGAGUGAAAACUAAAGGUCUAUUAGAACGUCGUGGCUCAAGUGCAAGCCUUACUAUUGAAUUAGCACCAGCGCCAGAAAGUCCACCUCAUGUUAUCACUCCAAUGCGAGAAUGUAUUUUGGGGGAGUUUCUUUUAAGUACGGGAAAUUCAUUGUCACGUACACAGCUAAGACAGGCCGUCCAGGAUCCAACUGCGUUGCACAAGGAAUUUUGGGAGGUGCCUUUAAAUAUACCAGACAAGGUCGAGAUCCUCGGAGUUGCCAUGAAAAAUCGAUAUUCUUCGGUAUUGCCAAAUACUCAAUCUAGAGUUAUAUUGGAAGGAUCUGAAGAUCCAGCAUCCAGUUAUAUUAAUGCUAAUUAUAUUCGAGGUUAUGAUGGAGAAAAUAAUCGGUACAUUGCAACACAAGGACCUCUUGCAAAUACAAUAACUGAUUUUUGGCGAAUGAUAUGGAUGGACAAAGUGAGAGCAAUCGUCAUGAUAACACGAUUUUUUGAAUCAUCUAAAGCUAAAUGUGAUGUUUACUUUCCAUUGGAAAAAGAUAAUCGAAUUCAAAGUGGUCCAUUUACUGUUAUUGUUUCAUCAGUUGUGAAUAGAGAUGGUUAUACAGUUCGUGAUCUUGAAUUAAAAUACGAAGGUUUUGGAAAACAGAAUGUUACUCAUUACUGGUAUGACUCAUGGCCCGAUCAUUCUGUACCUCAAGCACCGGAUGCUCUCGUGAGUUUAGCAGCAGAGGUCAACACUCUGCCAGCGCCUGUGGUUGUUCACUGUAGUGCAGGAAUCGGUAGAACUGGAUGUUUCAUUGCUCUCGCUACUGGAAUGACUCAACUAGUCAAGGACGGCAAUGUCGAUGUACUAAAAAUUCUCUGUCAAAUGAGGUAUGAUAGAGGUGGAAUGAUACAAACAGGAGACCAAUAUGAGUUUGUACAUAGAGCAUUGUGUCUCUUUGAACAAACUCUUGAUUCUGGGAAAAAAUCCAAAUCCGGUGAUUAAAAAAAUGGAAUAGUCGUACAAAUUAUAUUUUGAAAAAAAGGAUCAUUAAUAUUAUCGAGGCUGAAAUAAUUCUUGAACUCCAGGUAAAUGACUUAUUACGUGGAUUGAUAUUCUACUGUACAUUGCAUUUCUCUUUGAGUUUGAACUACAAAAAGAUUUAAAAAUCAUUGUCUUCAACUCUGUUGCUGCGGAACAGAAGCGAAUUGUCGUUAUAAAUAUAUUAAGCUGCCAUUACUAUACUGCCACAAAAAAAAAAUAUACAAUUAUAUUGCAAUUACUAUAAAUUAUAUAUUUACCGUUGUCGAUCAAUGACGCAAAACUAUAGAAAAAAGCUCAAAAUAUAAUGAUAUCUCGAUACAUAUUGAUGUAAUACGAGUAGACAUAUAGAUAUUUUUCGGUUUAUACAAAACAGUUUGAAAAUUUUCCAUUACUGGCAGCAUGUUUAGUUCAAAAUAAAUAGAUCACGUACAUUCCGUUGAUGUCUCGAAAAUGAUAAAAACUGAUUCUUUUAUAUUUAAAAUUAUCAUAAUAACUAACGAUUUAUUUUACUUAUCAAUUUGACAAAAUGGCAAUAUAUCGAAAACGAUAAUUUAUAAUAAUGUUCAACUAAUGUUAGAAUCAAACUACUAAAUACUGUUCCUUGACGUAUAGAAUAUAAAAAAAGUUUUAUCUAAAAUCGGAUUAUUGUAACUAUUGCUAUAUUUUAAAUUAAUUUAUUGACAAAGACUGACUGUAAUUAGUACAAUUCAUUUCAUUAAAUUAUUGAAGACAAGUUACUUGAAUAUACUAGGCCGAAAAAGCAUAAUAAACAGAUUGUCAUGACACUGGUAUUAAAUGCGAGCUUAACUCGUUUCAUCUAUAUUGAUAAUCUCAGAGCUACACUGAAUAAACAUUAACUUAAUUGUAUUCAUAUUUAAAACUAUAUCACCGAAAAUAAGUCCACAAAAAUGACAUUA